AUGGAUUUGGUUUUUAGUGAGCCACAUCCUGUUAUCGUUCCUAGUUUGAUGUGUGGCCAUUCUAACUGUCCAUGUGGCCACAGCUUAGCUGCCAUGUCCUAUAUAACUUGUCUUGGUGCGUAUGUGCAGUACAGUAGUAUGUGUUCCAUGUCCUUGUUAGGAUGGCCGCAACUGUUGCACUGCGUGCAGUGCUUGUAUUACGGU